GCGACAGCCCCGCCCCGUAGAUUUAACUACACUUUACUUUGAUUCUUACGAGUAUGAAUUCCCACGGUUCUUGUAUUGGGAGGUACUCCCUCCAUUCCAAAUCAUAGGUCGUUUAUGCAUAUAGAGAUAGAGUAUAUCUAAGUGCAUAAUAAAAUUUAUGAAUUUAAAGAAAUCAAAACAACAUCUAAUUUGGACGGAGGGAGUAUAAGUUUCUUCAUCUCUAUUUUUUUUCUUCUCCUGCUAUCUUCAUUCUUAUAUUUAUAUGGCGUUUGUACAAGCAAAUUAGUUCAUUUACUUUUCUAAAAUGACAUAUACGCGACGAACAGAGGGAACACUUGUUUUGGAUUUACGUGAAAAGCAAUCAUUAGUUCAAACAUCCUCUAACCCAUUCUUGACAACAAUGCACGUCCUUUUACAGCAAACGAAUAUCUUCCAGUACUCUAAACAUGUCACCACUUUGUCGUUCUUCGCGUUUUAUCCCUUGGAUCCGUCUAUAGGGAAAGGGAACUCACUUCUAGCCUAACUCACUUCUUGUUCGGUGAGCACAUGUAGACUGCAGGCAAAUCAACAAAAAUAAUUUUAGUGAAAACAAAACAAAAGGAAAGUGCUGCUUGUAGAAUUUAUGGCCUGCUCAUUUAUAUAUACUAAAUGUACCCAAAGAGGAUGCUGAACGUAAAAAAAAAACUCAAAGGAUGCUAAUUUUCUGGUGCAAUAAGAGUACUCUAAACCCAUAGUGUUCAUAGUUAACGUUUGUGUACUGUCAUACACUUCACGUAGAAAAACUACAUCAUCGAAUACAUAAACCUUCCAUCCUGUAAAAAGUUCUUUUCUAGGAUUUUUAAUUCCACAUCUAGAACCGGAUAUGGAUCCCACUUUAAUUAUUUUUUAACCUCCACCGCACCCCAUCCACUCGCCGCAUCAGUGUGCGUAUUAUCUUCUUUCUUCUAGCUACAAACGCACAACAACAGCUCUUGUGCUCCCACCACCCCUCUACCUCCCACUCACUCGGCCCACUAGCAGGGGUGGAUCUUGUGCCCGGGCUGGGGUGCUGCAGCCCAUGUAUUCCCUACACUCUGGAGGAUAAAUCGUGGAGCACGACAAUUCCUUCAUGCCGGAGACUUCAGAGGAGCCAUGCCUGAGGAGGCCCAGGAGCACGCAUGGGAAGAAGGCCAUGAAGCAGUCACCCUCCUCCCUACACUUCAUCUUAUUGGACACCGUUGUCAUCAUUUUGACGCUCUCUUUUCUCAGCAUGGAUUCUCUAACGUGCAGAAGGGAAGUCACAUGUGACUUUUUUCCCUAACGGACGUCGUCCAUAACGGCUCUAGUUUUUCCCAAUACAGAACAAAUUAGCCUAGCUGCCGUUAUCGUCCCAAAAUAGAUGUGAGCGAUCAUAUGUCGUUGAAGGUGACAAAUGUGGGGUUGUUGCCUAAGCGCGCUUUCCAAUUCCGUGCAUGUACUCUUAUUUGGUGUAGCCUAUGAAAAUAGACUGUUUCCAUCUCCGUAUGCAUGCAAUCAAAAGAGAUAAAAGUAAUGAUGUCAUCCCACGAGUGCACAUAAUUUGGAAUAUAAAAAAGUCAUAAAUCUGACACUGAGUAUUAAAAUUAAAUUUUGAUGACACCAUUGAGUUUCCUUCAAAACAAGAUCCCACUUGACAACAUUUGGAUAAAUAUUUUUAUUAACAUUUUUUAAAUCAAAGUGACAAAUUUUGUACGAUAUAUGUAUACACCUUGAACACAUAAUACAAACUUACAUAACAAAUAUUGUACACAUCAAACAAAUUACAUGAACUCGCAGAACAAAGACAUAUACUUCUAGAGUAAAUUAUACAAAUUUAGAGAACACAUAUAUGUAUAUUGGAACAAAUUAUAUGAAGUCCUCGAACAAAAUAAUUGUAUGCAUCGAACAAAUUAUAUGAACUUACAGAAUAAAGACGUAUACCUCUCAAACAAAUUAUACAACUCAGAGAACAAAUAUAUGUAUACCUAGGACAAAUUAUACGAAGUACUCGAACAAAACAAUUAUAUACACCGAACAAAUUAUGUAAACUUACCGAACAAAUCAUACAAACUCACAAAACAAAUCCAUGAUUCUACCGGUUCGGUUUAUAAAAAUGAAUAAAUAAAUUUGUAUCAUGAAUUAAUCAUAAAAUGAAUUUAUAAUUGUCUACUAAGAAAAUUAAAUGCAGGAAGGAAAAGAGUAAAAAUAAGAGAAAGAAUAGUGAAAGAAUAAUAGAAAAAGAGAAAAAAAAGAUGGGCCCAGUGUGUGAUGCAUCGAACAAAUUUUUUUUAUCUAAAUGCGAUAUUGAGCCGAAUUCAUUGCAUAUGUCCCUGCAAGAAGUCGUCGGGCGAUAAAAAAAUCUCAUCGCGUAUAUAGCCAUCGCCAAAUAGACCUACUCCAUAUGUCCCAAAUUAUAGGUUGUUCUAGUUUUUCAAGGUUCAUAGAUUUUGCUUGCACUCAGAUAUACACAAUGUCUCAUUGCAUAGCAAAAAGCUGUGAAUCUAGAAAAGUUAAAAUGACCCAUAAUUUGGGACGGAGGGAGUAGUUAAAAUGACCCAUAAGCAGACAGUUGGCAGACAGUAACAACGACAUUCUCAUUAUGAGAAAAGCAUUUCACGUUAAAAGAAAUAUUAUUUCAAGUAUUUGAAACAGUUUUCAUACCCCAAAAGCCAGUACUACGACAGAUGAAAUUGUACAGCAAUUCUAGGCCUAACUGUAUAAAUGUAUCUGAUUUAGUGCUUAUAUUUAGUGGAGAUUAUUUUUGUAUUUGGAGUAUGGAAAGGGGGAAUUCCCUUUCGCACGAGCACAAAUGCACAAUAGAGAUUCCCCGCCGCUCUUUCCCGCCCUCCCCUCCUCCUCUCCGACUCUCUCCAAAUCCACAGACCAGGCCGACGCGCAAGCGGCGGCGGGCCGAGUUUGUCGCGCCCGAGCAGGCGGCCCGCGCGAGCGGCGGGGUGUUGAGCGGCCGCGCGAGCGCGACGGCGAGGUGGGCACCAAAGGAGAGGGGCCGCGGGUGGGGAACUCGAGAGCAGGCAGCGGCUGCGGGGCUGCCGCGGUCGACGGCGACGGGCCCGAAGCUAGCGAGCGACGGCGAGCUGGCUGCAGACGAACAUGUGGUUGUUCUCGCCCUUGGCCUGCCCCGCUCGUGGCCGCUUUCUUUGGCACCCUUGGGGGCCGCGGCCACCGCCGGGUUCGGUGUGGGGCAUGUGGGCGGCGGCCCCCCUGGUGUCGCGGGCCGGCGGGGCUGCGGGGCCUCGAGCGGUGGAGGCUGCAGGGCCGCGUGCGGCGGCGGGCAGCGGGCGGCGAGCGAUGCGGUGUGGGCCCAACACGGGUGGAAACGGGUUGCAUCCCCACCGCGAAACAGGUGGUUUCUUCGGUCCUCGUUGCGCGCGUGGUCACUGAUCCUCUCUUUUCUUUUUAAUUGCCUUGCCACAGCACCAAAAUGCUUAUGUGGCAGCCCAAUUUACUUCGAGAAACCAUCCUAGUCGGCUGGGUUGGGAUUGUCCUAACUGAUCUGGUAUAUGUAAAGGGAACACAAGUGCCUUAAAUUACAUUUGAUUAUCAACUGAUUGAUUUGCAUUUAUGUUUACUCGUUUUUGAAGGACAAGGUUAUCGUACUUUUCUUUGCGAGAUAUGGAAACUGUGAUUCUAUACGGUCUCUUAAAAGAAGCCACCGCAGCAUUGGCAGGUUUCGCGUACAAUGAGAUUGCAAAAGUGCUGGGAGUAAAACACGAGAUUAUCAAGCUUGAACGCAAGCUUAAAACUAUCGCUGUUCAACUAAGCACGGCUCCAUAUCAUACCAUCAUCCCUCAUGCAGAGGGUAAUCAUGAAUGGCUCAAACAACUGACAGAGAUUGCCUACGAGGCAGAAAGUAUAAUUGACCGCUUCAAGAUUGAAGUGGGUAUGCUACAACUUCAGGAAUGGAGUGGCUCGUCGCUGUGCAGGUGCUGCAGAGAAGUGAAUACCAGAUGCCGCGCUGCGAAUCGCUUAGAGAAACUGAACAAGAGGCUGGACGAUCUGAAAGCAUCAAGUGAGCAAAAUCAGUGGGCGCGGACCCUCCAAGCACUAGCCACCGACCAGCGGCCUGCAGAAUCAAGCAGUGAGGUAAUUGGCCCAUGCCAUGGUGGUGAGCCCAACUCGGUCGGCAGCAUCAUCAGUAACGACUGCGACGACCACGUGAGGCGGAUGCGGGGAAACAGCAUAUCCCUCUUCGCGAUUGUGGGAGCACCUGGGGUGGGCAAGACCACUCUGGCGCAGAAGAUAUACCACAAGAUGAGGGAAGAUCCCCAGUUCCAGAGAAGGAUGUGGGUGCACAUCUCCAGCAGCACCGGAACAAUGACCAUCUGGUCGGGCGAGAAUGAGGACCGCGAAGCAUCCAACUCAGAACCCAGGCAGCAGAGGGAGAUAAUCCGCAGGCACUUGGCGGGGUCCAAACUUCUGCUGGUGAUCGACAACGUGCGAGACAAUGAAGGCUGGGAGUUCCUGGGGGAGCUAGGGCAGGGCUUCCUCGAGCGCGACGUCAGAGUCAUCCUAACGGCGUCGCACAGGGACAGGACAAGGAUUAUCGGGGUCAACAGGUGGUUUGGCUGCCACCACGUGAGGGCCCUGGACGAGGACGAUGGGUGGCUGCUGCUCCGCAGGACGGCGCAGCUCAGGGAGCACGAGGCCGUCGGCCAAUUCCAGAACGCCGGGAUAAGGAUCGUGAGCAAGUGCAGCGGCCUCCCGCUGGCGCUCAAGGCUGUCGGGUCUAGUCUGAGGCAGCGGGACCAGCUGGACCCAUGGAUGGUUAAGCUCUCCGACGAUUUCUUUGGCACGCAAGUGAUGCAAAGGGAGAUCCAGAGGAGCAUCGACACCAGCUACAUGGAGCUGGGGUAUCGCCUCAAGCUGUGCUUCCUCUACUGUUCCCUCUACCCGGAGGGCUCUGUGAUCCAGCAGAAGAGCAUCAUGCAGCAGUGGAUUGCAGAAGGCUUCUUCGAAAAAGGGAGCAGUGGAACCACCGAGGAGCAGCAAGGGACAUGUCCAGAGGAAGUGGAGGCCCAAAACUGCUAUACAGAGCUGGUUGAUAGGAGCCUCCUCCUACCUGCGGCAGAUGGCUGCGCAACCAUGCCAAAUCUCUUGAGGUCAUAUGCAAUCUACCGGUCGCAGGACGAGAACUACGUCGGCGAUCCCCGCAACAUUGGCCGUGCGUUCAAGGUGUGGCGAUUGUACGCCGCAGAUGGGGGUAAAAUCCGUGACAUCCCUAACGACGUCACGAGCCUUAGGACUCUCUUGGUCUUUGGGAGCUCAAGCCCACAGGGCGACACUAGCACCAAUGCUACUCCACCAGUGAUGGAUAUCAUCUGCAAAAGGUUCACCAGCCUCAGAGUUCUGGACCUUAGAGACGGACAGGUUGACUCUGUUGGUAGUAAUUUGGGGCAACUGCUGCAGCUCAGGUACCUCAACCUUUCCAACACAAGCAUAAGAAGACUUCCCCAUGGGGUCUCGAAUCUCGUGAUGCUUCAGUACUUGAUCCUCAAUAACUGCCGUCACCUCAACUCUCUGCCGAAGGGUGUGGGUCGUUUGAAGAACUUGAGGACCCUCGACAUAUCAGAAACUCCAGGGCUACAAGAGAUCCGUUUCAGGCUCCGCAACUUGAAAGAACUGAACUGCUUCCGAGGCUUUCUUCCAGUUCCGAAUUCUCUAGUUCCAGUAAGCAGCAGCAGUGCUUCCACAGGUUGGACAUUCAAGGAACUGAGCAACCUGUCUAAGCUUACAAGCCUCCAGAUACUGAAUCUAGGAAGCGGCACAAGCAGACAGGAGGCGGCUGAGUUGAGGCUCCACGAGAUGGGCCAUCUCAAAGAGCUCGAGCUAUUCUGCACCAUCCCUGCUGACCACGAGCAGCCGCCAGCUGGUGGAGAUGUUGAGAGCAUAGGUGACGUCCUCGGUGAGCUCAAGCCCCCUGGACACCUGACCUCACUCAAGCUGGCAAAGUUUUAUGGCAACGAGUUUCCGAGUUGGGUGUCAUCUUCACACCUCACUUCGCUGGAGCAGCUAACCCUCGAUGGCUGCUCCCAGUGCCAGCGGCUGCCGCCGUCACUGUGUGACAUGAUGGAUCUCAACUUCCUAACAAUAUCGGGCUGCAGUGCAUUGUGUGAGAUUACCCAUGAGUUCCAGGGCGCGCCAAUAAAUCUGGUGGCGUUUCGACGGCUGGAGCAGCUGAUCGUGGCCGAGAUGGAGAGCCUGCAGACAUGGUCGGGCCUUCUAGAGGGCGACAUGCCCUUGCUCCGCAGCUUCCACAUCUCCAGGUGCCCGAGGCUGAGUAAGCUUCCUCCCUGGCUGAUACACUGCAAGGCACUGACCAGCAUGAAGAUACAUCUCGCAGACAAGCUCCUGGAGAUCAGGGGCCUGCCCGCGCUCAAGGAGCUCCAAGUGGACAGCUGCCGCGCGCUGCAGCGGAUCUCAGAACUCGGCAGGCUUGAGGACCUGGAGGUCACGGCUUGCCCCGGCCUCGAUGCCGUGGAGGACGUCCCUCUACUGCGCUCGCUGCGGCUGCGCGAGGACGCGAGUUCGAGGGAGCUCCCACGGUGGCUGCCGAGGCUGGCGCCGAGCAGCCACAGGAGGCUGGAGAUCCUCGGCGGCGAGGAUCUGCUGGACAGUUGCUCCUCGGAGCAUGCCCCAUCCUGGCCCCGCAUCAAGGACAUCGCCUACCUUGUGCACGCGAAGGUGGUGCACGACGGCUCCGCCUACUUCUCCUGCAUCACGAGCCCUCCCCGUUUCCAUAGGAUUAGCCAGCAAUGCAGGGAACGUGCAAACGCGUGUGGUGCUACCGUUCAGACCCUCCCUCCGCCGCCGCCGCAGGAGAACGGUGGUGAGCUGCAGGAGGCCAAGGCAUGGGUGUGGCGCGCGCUCUACGGCCUCGCCGCUGCCUUCCUAAUUGGAUCUGCUGUGAUUCUCUCCGGCCACUAGUGGAACGAGAUCGUCUGCGAAUGGAACCAUAGCAGCCUGAAAUGUUCAUGAAUCACUCCCUCCAGUUUUUUAUAGAACUAAUUCAGACACGUACACCUGAUUAAGGUGGGCAGACGAGUUGUUAAUUAAUUAACCUAGUUAAUGGUUAUGUUGUCCAAAAA